ACUUGUGUUUCUUUAUAAAUAUACACUUUAGGAAGAGAGUCAGACAAAGUAACUUCAAUAGUUAAAAAGGAUAACCGCUGACCUGUUUUUAACAUGAUUUUAUGACAAUAUUUUGAUUGGAAUUUGGGAAGUUAUGGGUAAAUACUUAAUUUAAUGCUUUUGAGAAGUUAUGUGUGAUUAUAUUGCGGCAUUAGUCAGCAGACAUAGCUAAAUAGAGAAAUUUUUGCAAUGUCUGUUAAAUUUGUAUUUAGGGGCAAAAAUGUGUUGACUUAUUGACUUCCACAUGCUUUGAGCCUGUUUUCGUCGCUUAUUCGUUUCAAUCGUUACUUCAUUUAAAGCGAACUAAUUAGACAGAAGUCAUUCUGUGUGUGUAUUGAACGAAAGUUAAUACUGUCAGAGUAAAGUCGUGUCGAUGAUUUUGUACGUCGUUUUUGCUUUACUUGCUGGUUUUUUUGCUGGUACAGCAUCUCUUGUUGCGAAGCUGGCUUUCUCCCGUGAGCUGGUCUUCAUACAAGAUUGGGUGUGUGAUGUUCUUCAUCUUGCCGAAAGCUCGUUGUUCUGUGAAAACGUUCUUCUCAUUUCAAGAAUUUUGUUAUUUUCUUUGACAUUCGUGUUAAAUGGUUUGAUGUGGACGUUAUUUGUGAAAUCAAUGCAGCAGCUGCCUUCUGCUCAAGCUAUGAUUACUAACAGUGGAUCGAACCUUAUCACCAGUGCACUUUUGGGGAAAUUGUUCUUCAACGAAAGUUUAUCGUUACAUUGGUGGUUUGGUGCAUUAUUGAUAAUUUGUGGAUUGUAUGUUAUCAAUAAGAGCAGUGCUGGCCAGUGCAUGUCAAGGAAUGAUUCUUAAUGAAGCGAACGCACAGUUAUUCGCAUAGCAGGAGUUAAGAAGUGAAAGGGUUGCUCGGAUUUCGAUUGUUUGAACAAGUCAUUCAAAGAAAUGUCCCGUUGACAAUACGUGUCUGGCUUAACUCGACGUUUUUGUAAAUAGGCCUGUCUAUUUUCAACUUGAUAAAAGUACAAUAAUGUAGA